GCGUUGGAGCCGGGGCGGCCGUGACGUGGCAAAGAGAGAGAGAAAGAGAGAGCUAAGAGAGAGCCAGGCUCCCCCGACACAGAUUAGCCCCGGUGCGCGGACGCCGCGGACGCCCUUCGCCUGCUCCCGAGGCUCAGCUGGUUUCGCCGUCUCUGCGGGAGCGAGAGAGGAAGGAGGAGGAGGAGGAGGAGGAAGAGAAGUAGCGAGAAAGAGGGACCGGGGCCUCUUGCUUUCGCCUUCCCCGCCGCCGCCUUCACACUCGGCCCGCUCCGCUCUUGCGCCGCCGCCGCCGCCGCUACCUCCGCCCAGCCGGGAGCCGCCAUGGGCCUCACCAUCUCCUCCCUCUUCUCGCGCCUCUUCGGCAAGAAGCAGAUGCGCAUCCUCAUGGUUGGUUUGGAUGCUGCUGGAAAAACGACCAUUCUGUAUAAGCUGAAGUUAGGAGAGAUUGUCACUACAAUCCCCACAAUUGGUUUUAAUGUGGAAACAGUAGAAUAUAAAAAUAUCUGUUUCACUGUUUGGGAUGUUGGUGGUCAAGAUAAAAUCAGGCCACUCUGGAGGCAUUAUUUUCAGAACACACAGGGUCUCAUUUUUGUGGUAGAUAGCAACGACAGAGAGAGAAUCCAGGAAGCAGCAGAAGAACUCCAGAAAAUGCUUCAGGAAGACGAGUUGAGAGAUGCAGUGCUGCUUCUCUUUGCAAACAAACAAGACUUGCCAAAUGCCAUGGCAAUAAGUGAAAUGACAGAUAAACUAGGCCUUCAGUCCCUGCGCAACAGAACUUGGUAUGUUCAAGCUACCUGUGCUACACAAGGAACUGGUCUGUAUGAGGGACUUGACUGGCUGUCAAAUGAGCUAUCAAAGCGCUAACUGGAUGACUUUCGCACCAGGGACAUGUUUGAUAUAAGUGGUCUAGGCUUGUUACAUCAAAAUUAGUUUGCAUCUUGGUUAUUAUACAGUACAGUAUCUGGAACUGGUUUGGGCAGGAUAUUACAGCAUUUUGACUUAUUUUGUUGCCAAUUAUUCUUCACCCAAGCUAUAUGUUGCCAGGGUAACAAUAUGCUUGGGUUAAAAAGAAAACUCCUUAAUUUGGAAAAAGUGUAUCUUCUGAUUUUUACUUCUAUUGUUAGCCUAAAUGCCUGAAUAUAGUUGUGACUUUUGAAAUCUGUUUGAAUGCUUCUUGAGCCCCAAUUAAAUUAAGUACAUUUUAAAAAGAUUUUCCCCCUUUUCUUCUUUAAGUUACUGAUAUCUUACUUCAUUCCUUAAGACAGUCUGCUGACUUAAUCUAGCAUUCCAUUUAUAUUUAUUUCUCUCUCUUAUAAAAACACUUCCUAUUAUUGUUCGCCAGAAAAAUGCUCUAAAACACUAUUCAAAUAUUCUGCACUGAGGAACAUUUAAUUAACCCCUUGGGUUCUGUCAACCCACUUUUGCCUUUGUGUGCAUUGAAUCUGAUUGGUAGAACAUUUUUGUGCCAGUUGCAACAAGCUCUUUGAGGUUUUCAAUAUUCAGCAGAUUGUCUUCCUUUAUAUUGUAUCUUUUUUUCUGUUGUUGCAUGUUGCUUUUUGAUAUCAGCCUGUUUUGCCCAGUGUAUAAUAGUUCUGCUAAAGUUUACUGUUUAUUGGUGAACAUAUCUUCAUGAAGACAGAUUUUGGAAAAUUCUUCAGACUCAAUGGAUUAAUUUCUUCAUAACCUACUAAGAAUUAUUCUUAAUAAAAAUGAAACAGAUGUAUAGCUUUGUGUAUGCUCCUUGAAUCUUAAGUUUGUGGAACUGAUAAUAUGAAUGUGUGACAGAUUAUUCUUUUUCAAUAAACGGAGUUUUUUCUGUACUUUGAACACAAACACAGAUCUGAAUAGCCUUUGAAUUGUUUUCAAUUUGGCAAAAAAUUAAGAUGGGCAGUUAAACUUGUGUACAGUGUAGUUGGUUAAUCAUCAAGACUAAAAUCCUGUAAAAGUGUUUUUUGAAGCUGUAAAUCUAAAUUAAAAUGUCCAGAUAUGAGAGUACUAACAGUUGAAAAUUGUAAUAAAGUACAAACUGCCCAAA